AUGGACCGGUCUCAUCGAGAGCAUCCUAGCAGCCCGUCGCCUGCGGCCGGGCUCCAAGGGAGGCUGUCAACCAAACACGCAGACAAACUGGCAAGCUCCUUUACUCGCCUCUCAAUUGCAACAGGUUCUGUUAUAGUCAGUCCAUCCUCGACGCCUUCCCCUUCGCCGUACCAGUCACCUUCUCGUUUCAUUGACAGGAACAUUCCCUUCUCACGUCAUAACUCGCCGUCGAGAGCUCUAGCCAACCACCCGUACGUUCCUCGAAGGACCCCCAGUACCAGUUCGUUGAGAGAGGAAAGAAGAGGUUCUACCUCGUCUCUUCAGAAACGAUCAUCGGUCAGCUCACUACGAUCUGUUCAAAACUAUAGUGGAAACGGUGUUACCCCCCAGCGACCCAGCCUAUCGCGACGUGCCUCUUCAAACUUCCUUUCUACCACAUCUUCUAGCAUGCGCCCCAAGUCCCCCAUAGUGUGCCCUGAUUCCCCGAUCCAGCCUUUGGUGCCAACCGCCUCCUCCAUCGCCAAUAGCCAUUUCAAGAAGGAGUUGGCUUUGCAUCAAUCCGCGGACCUGCACUCCAAAACUCUCGUCAUUGUACAAGAUGCCUGCUACGGACACAGGUUUUCGCGCCCAAGAACCUCCAAGGCCGGCUUGGAACAAAUUGUCGAACGCCCAGAGCGCUUACUUGCUAGUGUUCUGGGUGUAUCAACCGCAUAUAUUCGUAUGGGAAGGAGGUAUGAUGACGGCCAGUUUGCACCACAUCCGGACCUUGAUCUUCGGUCACUUCCCAUCCCACCCUUUCAAGUCCGGAAGACGACGCGCACUAUGCCAAUUAAUUCCCCUGCGGUUACACAUGUCCAUGGAAUAAAAUGGAUGGACGAACUACGAGUUAUGUGUGAUGCCGCCGAAUCUCGUCUUGCAUUGAAUGGAAAGGAGUUGGUUCGCCCCAGCAGUUCAGGGAAGGACAAUCAUAGCUCAACAAGCCUCCCAAAACUCCACGAGGGCGACCUGUAUUUGUGUUCAGAGUCCCUGAAUGCCUUUGAAGGUGCGUUGGGAGGAGUCUGCGAAGCGGUAGAUGUCGUGUUUGGGCCGACGUCGACCACUCGCGCUUUCGUGAGCAUUCGACCUCCCGGCCACCAUUGUUCAGCAGACUAUCCAUCCGGGUUUUGCUGGCUUAAUAAUGUUCAUGUUGGUAUUACUCAUGCUGCAAUGUCUCAUGGUCUCACUCAUGCUGCAAUCAUUGAUUUUGAUUUACACCACGGAGACGGAUCGCAGGAGAUUACUUGGGAGCAGAACCGGAAGGCAAAAACCGCUUCGAAAAACGCUCCUCUGCACAAGAAGAUGACCAUCGGCUAUUACAGUCUGCAUGACAUUAACUCGUAUCCUUGUGAAAGCGGCGACCUGGACAAAGUUCGUAAUGCUAGCCUCUGUAUCGACAACGCCCAUGGACAGUCUAUCUGGAACGUCCAUCUAGAACCCUGGAAAAGUUCGGCUAGCUUUUGGGAGCUGUAUAAUGAAAAAUAUACAAUUCUUCUUGAAAAGGCUCGAAAGUUUCUUAGAUCCCAUACCCUACGUUUGUUAAAUUCACAAAAUCAGGCACCACCCAAGGCAGCAAUAUUCAUAUCAGCAGGUUUCGAUGCUAGUGAGUGGGAAGGAGUUGGUAUGCAACGACACAAGGUCAACGUACCCACGGACUUUUAUGCCAAGUUUACUUCAGAUAUUGUACGGAUGUCUGAAGAGGAAGGUUUAGGUGUUGAUGGGAGGGUUAUUAGUGUUCUGGAAGGGGGAUACUCUGACAGAGCUCUAAUCAGUGGUGUGCUCAGCCAUCUCUCAGGGCUUGCGGAUAGCCAGACCAGCAUUUAUGAAAAUGGAGACAACCGCCUUGCUACUGAGAUGUUUGGUCGCCUUGGUUUGGAUGAUGUUCCCAAGGCGGUUCCGGAGGAAGUUUCUUCAUUUGAUACUCAAUGGUGGAAACUUCCUCUGCUAGAAGAAAUAGAACGUCUUGCAAACCCACCACCACCACCUCCAGCCCCAACUCACAAAUCUCUUGAAAAAGGACCUCCUACAUAUUGUUCUCCCACGCAGGCGUCAGCGGCCAAAAUCGUCAUCCCCUCGCGAGACCGCAGAUCAAUUUCAUCUCAGCUAAGUGCUGGUGACGGUGGUUACAUGCGCCCACCCCUCCCGGUCAUUGACUGGGCAACGGCGGCGUAUGAGAUGUCGAAAACCCUCAUUCCUACAGACCGCCAGACAGUGAGCUUCCACCACUCGGAGCUGAAGGCUGAAGGUGCUCGUACACGACGGGACCGGCACUCAACUUCGAAUUUUUCAGAAUUACAGCCUGUAGAUGACAGGAGAUCUAUGCAGUUGAGGGAGAGAAAACUAAAGUCACCCUCGCCGGAGCUACAAAUUACCAAACGGUCUUCUCAAGCUUUGCGACGAACCACCAUUGCAUCAGUCAGUGACCUACCCGAAUCAUCUACCGUCACAUCUUCUGCAAGUAGCAACCAAAAUUUGAACCAUGUUUAUUCUCGGAAUUCACGACGACUAAGUGUAACCUCGACCGUGGCAUCCACUAUCGGUGGAAACCCUAGUAAGGGCAGAGUGGAAGGAACUUCACCAUCUUCAAAUGGGGAUAGUAACCGCACGCUAAAUUCACUCCCAGGAACUUCAAACAGGAAGCCUGCGGAAUUGGUAACAGUUAAAUCCCGAGUUACGGGUGUCCGGUCUAGUCCAAGAAAAGCGGCACCACCCCCACAAGCACGAACGAUCGGUGGAAGUCCAAUUCCACCCUUCGAUUCAUCUUCUAUCAAUACGGAUACAGCAGAGCAUGAACUAACUAAACUUUCCGCCGGUAUUAAGAAAUUAAGCAUUAAGCUUAAAGUUCCCAGCCCAGAAGAGCAUGUAGCCAGAGAAGAGGAGCGACUGAAAGUUAGCGCAAACAAAUUCACCUCCAGAAAGACUAGAAAGACUCAAGCACCCAAAACGUCUAGAUCAAGAAGCACGAAAUCCAGCGCGAAGACACUACGCCCUGGCACCUCGUUGGGCGAGGCUCCUGCCCCUCCUGUUGUACUAUCUGCUGCUUCGGGUCAUGUUAAGCAGGAAGCGGGUCCCCCUGCGGCACUUGCAAACCCUGACAUUGAAAUGAUCCAUACCCCAGAUUUAACGACUACACCAUUCUCCGCCAAGUUGAAUAAUGGGGCAGCUAUAUCUGUAUGGCCAUCAGAACCAGGAAUGCAGCAGACCCAACAGAAGCCUUCGAAGCGCUUGUCACCUGAUGGGAUCUUCACACCUCAUAUUUCCCAACCUCUCACUCCUCGAUCUCGAUCCCUCGGAAACUCGCAGCAACCUCAAACCACCAUCAAGUCACCGCCUACCUCGAUGGGCUAUAAGUCUGCUACACAACAGCAACAGCAACAGCAGCAAACUACUAAUACACAACUUACUGUUUUCACGUCCACUUCCGCUAUACCUUUCGCUACUUCAUCCGCCGUUUCUAGUGCGGCCCCUCCAGGCCCACGCCAGGAGAAUCGUCGAGAGCAGUGA